AUGUCUUACUCUCAGGCACCUCCACGGCGCACACGCACCCCCUCGCAAAGGCGUGAUAGCGAGUAUAUCUCUGUACCACACGCCCCGUACUCCCCUCCCCGUGGCCGUAAUGGCCCUGUGCCACCUAUACGUACAACAAUGCCGCAGCCGGUCAGACAUGGCAGUUCUUCCGUAAACCGUCAAAACUCAUACCAGCAACGGAACCCAAACCUGAAUACUACUGCCGCGGACGUCCAAAACCAUACCCUUGGGGGUGGGUUUGGACCAUACGCGCCGCAAGUGACACAAGGUAUUCGGCCCGGGCCAAGGGUGACCAAGAGCUGGCGUGGGCACGAUCGCUCACAGAGCUCCGGGUCUUCAAUUCCUGAAAAAGCUGUUACGGCAAAAGAUCCUUACACCUCCGCAGCCCCCAAAGCAGCCGUAAUUCCGUCUGGACCUGUUUGGAAUGACAAAGAUGAAAUCGACCCUUUGCAUGACCCUGAUCCUAUCCGUGAUGAACAGUUGGAUCAAGAAUGUGACCCCUUCUCUUUCCGCGGUUGGGCGAACAUGACUACGAUUGUCAUUCUUUGCCUCGGUCUCAUUAUACUCUUCGCUGGGUAUCCUGUUAUAACAUGGCUCAUGCGGUAUAAUAACCGCAUCAUCCUUGGAUAUAAUAUGGGUGGAAUUAAUGGAAGCGGGCAGGUUCCCUCGCUUCCUAACCUCCCAGGCCUCAUCGACCCAGAAACGCCUCAAAGUGCUAGGACGCGGACGGGUUCUGAUGGAAAGUCUUACACUCUUGUGUUCAGUGACGAAUUCAACCGUGAAGGACGGACUUUCUGGCCUGGAGAUGACCCGUGGUGGGAGGCUGUAGAUCUUCAUUACUGGGCAACUGCCGAUUUGGAAUGGUACACUCCGGACGCAAUCACCACGUCAGGGGGAAAUCUUGUCAUCACGAUGUUGGAAACCCCGAAUCACAACCUCAACUUUCAAUCCGGCAUGUUGCAAUCAUGGAACAAGUUCUGUUUCUCAUCAGGAUACAUCGAGGUAAACGUUUCACUUCCAGGUUCGCACACCACUCCAGGCUUCUGGCCAGGCGCCUGGACCAUGGGGAACCUUGGACGAGCAGGAUAUGGUGCAAGCACGGAAGGCAUGUGGCCAUACUCAUACGAUAGCUGUGAUGUGGGCACGUUUCCAUCACAGCAAUACGCCAACGGGACGCCGACAUCUCAACAAACCUUGGGUACGCCCGACACCAUAUUCUCGUCGCUUCCUGGUCAGAAGCUCUCAUCCUGUACAUGUCCGGGUUCUGACCACCCUGGACCAAAGGUCACCGACGGACGAGGCGUCCCUGAAAUUGAUAUCAUUGAAGGGCAAAUCGAACCGAAAACUUGGCAAGGCGAAGCAUCCCAAUCCUUCCAAGUAGCUCCGUUCAACGCUUUCUAUCAGUUCGACAACACCUCAACCAAAAUGUUUAGCGCUUCUGGUUCCCACUACAACUCGUACAAGGGCGGUCCGUACCAACAGGCGGUGUCUGUCGUGUCGGACCUUCCUAAUGAAGCGUAUGGAGGCAACCAAUUUGCAACCUACGCUUUUGAGUACUGGGGCAAUAAGAAUGAUAGGCAGAAUUCGUACAUUACGUGGUAUAUAAACGGCGUAAAAACAUGGACUACCCCACCAGGUUCGGUGGGUCCAGAUGCUGUCACUGGGAUAUCGCAGAGACUCAUCUCGGAGGAACCAAUGUAUAUUAUCCUCAACUUGGGCAUGGCGAAUAACUUCCAAAAGCCAGACUAUGCGCACUUACAAUUCCCAGCUUCUUUACUGGUCGAUUAUAUCCGUGUAUACCAACGCGACAAGAGCGUGAAUAUUGGAUGCGAUCCAGAUGCAUACCCAACGACGCACUACAUCAGCGAACACCUUCCUGCCUAUACCAAUCCCAAUUUUACGACUUGGUCACAAGCGGGGUACUCGUUUCCGCGCAACUCACUGUAUGACGGAUGUUAG